AUGAAAUUUCUGAAACACGUUUUUGGAUUUAUUAUUUUACUGAGAUUCUGUUCAACCAGUGUUAUUCAUCUCAACUCAACUAACUGGAAACAAAUGCUGGAAGGCGAAUGGUUUGUGGAAUUUUAUGCCCCUUGGUGUCCAGCUUGCCGACAUUUUUCUUCAACUUGGGAACAGAUCUCGUAUGAUGUGUCCAUUAAUGCGUUUAUCGCAGAUGUUGAUGUGACAGAAAGUCCUGUUCUCAGUUUCAUAUUUUUCGUCAAAAAGCUACCAACUCUCUACCAUGUGAAGAAUGGAUUAUUCAGAGUAUAUGAUGGUUUAAGAAAUUUUGAUGAUCUCAAAGUUUAUCUAAAAUCUAAAAAAUAUGAAUCUGAAACACCUUUACCUUGGUAUUAUUCACCAGCAUCUCUUCAUAUGCAGUGUUUCAUUCGUUUUAUGGAUCUUGGCGUCCUGAUUACGAAUAUCCACCAAGCAAUUUUAGAUGCUGGUUAUCGUCCUUGGAUGUCAUUUUUAAUUAUUGGUGUAUCAACCAUCUUUUCUGGUUUGUUUAUUGGAUUAAUGCUUGUGUUGAUCUUUGAUUGUUUCUUUCCUCCACGACCGCAAAUCCUGCGAUUCAUUAGAAAAUCUAAAAAAGUAGCUGAAUCUAAUGGAGUUGAAAAGUCGACACCUGAUAUUCAUGAAGUAGAUGGAUCUGAUGAACAUUUAGAUGAUGAAGCUAUUGAGCUUCGACGAAGAAAGGUGGAUGGUGAAUUAGUAUCUGAUUCAUAAUCGUGUACGCUAUACACAGUUACUUAUACUCAUUUUUAUGAUGUCAUCGUGUUACUUUGUAUGAAUAUCUUUCUUUUUUGAAUACCUAACUCCAGAUAGCUGUC